AUGAAGAUACGAUUACUCCGUUGGCCGAGUCCUUUGUGCAAAUGUCUUUCAGGGUGGCCGCAUGUGACACGGUGUUGCCCUGAUAAAUAUAAUAUCUCCAUCGACCAAGCUCAAAUCACUCUGUUCAUUCAUUCAUUCAUUCAUUCAUCUAUCUAUCUAUCUAUCUAUCUAUCUAUCUAUCUAUCUAUCUAUCUAUCUAUCUCAUUCUAUUCAUACCUAUCUCAUUCUAUUCAUAUCUAUCUAUCUAUCUAUCUAUCUCAUUCUAUUCAUACCUAUCUCAUUCUAUUCAUAUCUAUCUAUCUAUCUAUCCAUCUCAUUCUAUUCAUACCUAUCUAUCUCAUUCUAUUCAUAUCUAUCUAUCUAUCUAUCUAUCUAUCUAUCUAUCUAUCUAUCUAUCUAUCUCAUUCUAUUCAUACCUAUCUAUCUCAUUCUAUUAAUAUCUAUCUAUCUAUCUAUCUAUCUAUCUAUCUAUCUAUCUAUCUCUAUCUCAUUCUUUUCAUACCUAUCUAUCUCAUUCUAAUCAUAUCUAUCUAUCUAUCUAUCUAUCUAUCUAUCUAUCUAUCUAUCUAUCUAUCGUUUUCCUACUUUUUUUUAACCAUUUAA